AGGAAUGAAGAAUUUCCGUUCAAGCUAGGGUGAAGAAGAUACUCUUGGCUUCCACUCUUUCAGUCUUCCACUAUAGGCGUGCUUCCUGUCUCAAAAUCUUAAAUCUAACUUAUCCACACGUUCCGGCUUUACACCUCUCGCCCUGUGGGGGUCUACUCUUUCACGUUUCCAACUUCUCUACAGCUACAAUUCGCGUUUGAAUUGGUAUUCCAAUAAAAUAAAAUGGCAGGUUGGAAUUAUCCAGAAAUAGCCCUAGAAGAUUUUCUGAAAGCAAUAAAAGGGUUUGUAGAUAUGUUGAUUCUUGCAUCUGGGUAUCAAUCGUCUGGUAGUCCUGCUCACUGGGAUUCGUCUAAUAUAAAGAAGGCCCUCCAAUGGGCUCUAUUAAUUGAGGACGUGAUUGGACACUUGAGCAGCCAUGAUGAAUAUAGAGAUUCUCUGGAGGAAUUUAAUAAAACUUUAUGUGAGAUGAUUUCUAACCCAUUUUUCCCCAAGGGUCUAGAACAUCUAUCAUCCAAGACUCUUAUGAAUGCAAGAAAUCUAAUGUUAGAACAUCUUAUUCAUUCCUUACCAUUGAGGGAUUCACACCUCAGAGCUCUUGUGGCAGCAACCGUCGAGAUGGAUUCUCAUAAACAUUUGGAAUUUUUUUUGCAAAAUGAAUCGAGAAAAUUUGCUUUCGACUCUAGCAGACAAUUAAUCGAAGAAUCAUCAAACGCAGAAGCUAAUAGCGCUACCUGCAGCUUCUCUUUCAUAACUGCACGUGAACUCCAAAGGAGACUUUUGGAAGUGUCAUCAGUUUCUGCAACAGAUAAACUCUUAAAUAUUUUAUCUCAUAGUGUAUACUGUUUGAGUUUAAGUGAGCCUGGCAAGAACUUACCUGAUGUUGUUGCUAACAUAGGAGCUUUAAUGUAAGUAGGGAGUAAUACAUUCCUAUGCAUUAUGUGACAAUUCAUGUAAGAAUAGGAACUUGGGGGAAAUGACAGGGAAAGAAAACAGGGAGGAAAAUCCAGGGGAAAAUUUGAAAGGGAAGAAAAUGUGGGGGAAAUAAAAAUUUGGUUAAAACCCAACAAAUAAAUAUUUGGGAUUUUUAACUUGGAUUGAAAUUUUCUGGUUUGGUUUGAUUUGGUCUGAACUGGUGUGAUUUUGUCCGGUAAAUGUCUGAUCUCUGUGUAUUUUACAACUGUCGAAGUUUGGUUUGAUUGAUUCUGAAUUGGUCUGGUCUGAGAAUGAAUUAAGUUCAAGUAAAAACAACCUUGAUGCUUUUUUUGAUAUUGUAUUUUCUAUUCCUAUUAUUGUAAAAACACCAAGAAAUUGAAACAUAUGUUAAUCUUUCAAAGACACUAAACAUAUUUCAUUAUUCCUUGCAUUUUAUGUGUUAAAGCCGUGCUCAUGAAAGUAUCUGUCCUUAGCAACUUUUUUUCUUUUCCCUAGUAUUUUCAUGAUCAAAACAUGCCCUAGUAUUUUCGGGCAUGUGAAACCGAUAUUUAAUUAGUUGAAACAUUUCUUUUUAAUUUUGACUAAGGUAUAGCGAAAUGCCGGUUGAUCCUUUUACCUGGAAUCACAUGAGAUCACGAAACCUCUCGUAUUUUCUUGACAAGAGAACUAUUAGGAUGGUAUCAGGUGCCAGUCUUAUAUUUUCAGCUCCCGAGGACCAAUGUGCUAACAUGUUUGGGAGGUUAUCCAUUUUAACUGAUGAUGAUGCUACUUUCUCUGAAGCAAUUGAGCUUUUGUUACUUGGAUGUGCUGCAAGAAAAUGGGAAGUUCUCAUUAAACAUUUUAUGUCGACCUCAUAUGAACCUGUUACUCUAUCAAAACUAUGCAAAGAGGUGCUUAACUUAAUGGCUGGACAUUGUAAAAACAUCUGCUGCAAAGAUACUAUGAUGAGUUCAAAGGAUAAAAGUGUUGUGAGGUUUCUGGAGGGAUGGCUAAGCAGUAGGCUACAUAUCUGGUGGAAUUUGUCCCCUGUACUAGCAGCAUUUGCAAUUCCUUCCUGUCGUCCUCUCAAAAUUUGGAGAACUCACUUUAGUUGUUCUGGAAUCAUGAGAAAUGGGGAACUUGAUGCUACAGUAACACAUAGGGGUGGGGAUGGUUCAAUACUGGAACUGGACUGGACAUGGAAAUGAUGGAAUUGCUCAGGUCUCUGCUGUUUAAAUCUUAUAUAAGGGAACUAGAGAGUCACUUGAGAGGAGACUCAUCAUUGACAAGGUUUUCCAAGGAUGGAAAGGAGCUUAAAGAAUGUGACAUAGUUGACAGGAUGUGGUGCCUCUAUAUAUAUCAUAUCCGUGGUUCCACUUAGGGAUGUGCCAAGUGAGGUUCACAUCAUCACAUGGGUGUUGCAAAGAGAGCACUCAGGUACAUAAAAGGCACUUUAGAGUUUGGAGUAUUUUACCAACCUUGCUCAGAUCCAAGGUUCGGUCGAUGACAUGAAACGUACUUCAGGAUAGGCUUUCUCUUUUGGCUUGGGAGUGUUUUCAUGGAAUUCUAAGAAACAAGAUUUAACUGCUCAGUCCACAGCUGAAGCUGGGUAUGUGACAACCUCGACAGCAUCAAGCAAUAUGGCUUUAGAAAAUACUGGCAGAUUUAAGCUACAACCAAGAUGAAGCUACUGAAAUCCUAGUUGAUAACAAGUCAGCCAUUUCUAUCUUUAAAAAUCCUGUCUGUUUCUGUGAGACAAAGCACAUGAAAGUCAUUUUUUAUGCACUUCGGGAUGCGGAACAAGAUAAGAAAGUGAAACUUGCUCACUGCCCCUCUGAGUUCCAGCUUGCAGACAUCUUAACUAAAGCCUUGCCAAAAGGCAUUGUUCGGGGCUGCUCAAUUUCAUCUCUUGUCCAAGGCCAAGAAGGAUAUUAUGGUAAUGAAUUAAAGCAACGAGAGAGGUGUAGCUACUACGGAUCUUUAUGUGUUUAAAAACUGUGAGUGAGAAGCAAAAGUAAUCAAAGCUGUUUAUUGAAAUCACUGAGAUCCCUUAUAGCUAUUACAAGGAUCUGAAACUGAGAAGGAAAGAUAGAACCGCAACAAGGAAGAUUAAGUAAGAGUAGUAGCAAUAACAAUGGAGCAAUAAUCAGCAAGCCAGCCCUCCUGGCUUCUUUUUCACCCCGUUUUGUUACAGUGCGGGAUAGGAUCUCCUACAUUUCCACAUAGAUCGGGAUUCCCAAUAAAGGCUGCAGCUUUCGCUCCGAGGAAUAUUCCCUUGUUAGGAAUUGGACCGGAUAGUUGGUUGUAUGAGAAAUCUAUUGUUUGCAAUCUGAUCAUACCCGAUAAAGCUGAAGGGAGUCCACCGGAGAGGGUGUUGUGUGAUAAACUCAGAUUCCGGAGGCGUGUUAGAUUUCCCACAUUGUUUGGAAUUUGGCCAUUCAAGUGAUUCUUGCUGAGAUUGAGAGUCCGCAGCGCGCGUAGAUUGCCAAGCUCAGACGGAAUCCCACCCGUUAACUCAUUUGCAUCCAAGGUGAGAGUGUGCAGGUUAGACAGCUGCCCUAAUUCGGAAGGGAUGUGACCCGAGACCCUGUUCCCUGAAAUUCCCAGCUUAGUGAGCUUCUUAUACUCUCCCCAAUUAGAAGGAAUUUGGCUGCUGAAUCGGUUCAUUUUCAGGGAAAGGAUAUCAAGAACCGGGUGCACUCCAAGCACUUGUGAGAUGUCCCCUGAGAAUUUGUUUCCAUCUAGCCUUAGCGUGUCCAGUUUGGAGCAUUUCUUCAAGCAAGCGGGCAACUUCCCUCUGAAGCGGUUCCAUCUUGUCGUCAAAUAUUGAAGAGCUAAACCUUGACACAGUUUAGGUGGCAGUCCUCCAGAAAAGUUGUUAAGUGAAAAGCUAACAUUUGACAACAUGGGACUGUGUGAGCCCAAGUCUCUAGGAACUUUGCCUGUGAAAGCAUUUCUAGCAAGAUAAAGGAUCUCCAAUUUACUAAGGGUUGAGAUGCUCUGGGGCAACUCUCCACUCAAUAGGUUUUCAGUAACAUCAAGAGAAGUGAUUGAUGUCAGGUUGCCAAUCUCUGCCGGAAGUGCCCCGUUGAGUUUGUUGGUGAAAAGGCUUAGGACAGAGAGGUUUUCGAGGUUUCCAAUUGUCUUAGGUAUAGGACCGGAAAGGUUAUUCCCGGACAGGUCUAUAUAGACUAAAUUUUGUAAAUUUCCUAUCUGAGGUGGAAUCAUGCCUGAAAACUGAUUCAUGUACAAGAAGAGGUAUUGGAGAUUUUUUAGCAAACCGAUUUCGGAAGGAAUUCUCCCAUUGAAGGAAUUGUUCUGAAGCUGCAAUGACGUUAGGGCGGUCCAGUUGGACAUGAAAUAUGGUGAAAUUUCACCUGAAAGAAAAUUAUCCGAAAUCCCCAAGUCAGACAACUUGGUCAGGGAUGACAAGGAUGAAGGCAAGACACCAGAGAGUGAAUUUACAGCCAGAGCCAAGUAAGUAAGGUUAGUGCAAAGACCAAGCUCAGAAGGAAUGUUUGAAUCCAGGCGGUUCCUCCGAAUAUCCAAGACCUGGAGACCUUUGAGUUGGCCUAUAGUUGAUGGUAUCUUUCCUUGAAUUGAAUUGUUGAACAAAUUCAGAUUCUUUAGCUUUGAGAGUUUCCCAAUGUUUGGAGACAAAAACCCUGUUAAUUUAUUUUGGGAGAGAUCAAGAUGCUCAAUCCUGUCCAUAUCCGUAAACAAAGACUCCGGGAUUGUUCCAUUCAAAUGGUUCAAGGACAGAUCAAGAAAACUCAGGUUGCUGCAACCCAGUAUAAAUUGAGGGAACCCUGACCUUAAUUCAUUAAAAUAGAAACUAAGAUGUCCCAGAACAGGAAAGCUAUUGACUUUAGACCAGUCAGGGGCUUCCAAGUAAUUUGAUCCCAUGUCCAUGAACCAUACCUUCUGAAGAUUUCCAAUCUGAUAAGGAAUUACACCAACAAUGUUGUUGUUGAAAAGGGUGAGGUACUCAAGUUCCUUCAAGUUUCCAACUUCCGGCGGUAUGAUUCCAUAAAAGUUGUUGCUGCUCAAGUCCAGGGAAAUCAAGCUGGACGACAAAUUUCCAAUGGCGGAAGGGAUUGGUCCUGUGAAGUUGUUCCCACUGAUGUUGAAAUGUUUGAGGGUUGUAAAAGAAAUGAAGUUGAGCUGAUCAAGAGUCCCAGAGAGGUUUGAAUGAGGAAGGCUGAUCUCAGAAACAGUUCCUCCAAUGUAGCAGACUAUGCCGAACCAUUCACAUUUGUGUGCCUGGUUGGAAAGUGACCAUGCAUUCAGUAAAGAAGAAGAUGAGAUCAAGAGGGUGUUCUUCCAUUUGACCAGAGCUUGGGCUUCUGUGUCUGCUGAUGCUUUUGUCUCCAGUGCGAAGGAACUGAGCAGCAGAAAGAAGCACCAGAGUGUAACCCCCCCGCUAAAUAUUUCCAUUCGUUUUUGUUUCUCUUUACCUCCAAAAUCAAGAUUACACCACACUAUGAUAGAUAAGAGAAAAGAGAUAUAUUAAGAUCCCAAUACCAAGAGAGUAUAUAUAAGUUUAUCAAAGUUGCCACUUUUGGUGAUAAAAGAACAUCAAUGGGA